CUGCUGUUUUGUUGACAUUUUUUUUUAUCCUCCAUCAGCUGACUGUCCACAAGUUCGCUGCCCAGUUUAUGAACAUCUUAGCACACACACACACACACACACACAUCAACAUGACAUUAUCCUGCUAACACUUAAACGUUAGCCAGUUAGCUUGUUGCUACUGUUAGCCAGCCUGUCGAGCUACAGCGGGGGAAGCUAACAGGCUAAUUUUAGCCGAUGUAAAGUGCAGCCAUGGAGGGGAUUCUGUACAAAUGGACGAACUACAUGACGGGCUGGCAGCCGCGCUGGUUCGUCUUAGAGAACGGAGUCAUCUCUUACUACGACAGCGAGGACGACGUCGGCAAAGGAAGCAAAGGAUCCAUCAAGAUGUCCGUGUGUGACAUUAAAGGUCAGAUUUCAUUUGUUGUACACCUUCGCCCGUCCUCACUCGUGGUGCUAAACACAUUCAAACACGUCCACCAAACACCGUUUGUGUUUUAUUUCUCAGUUCAUCCGACGGAUAUAACACGUCUGGAGUUGAUCAUCCCCGGCGAGCAGCAUUUCUACGUCCGAGCUGUGAACGCCGCGGAGCGACAGAGGUGGCUGGUGGCUUUAGGCUCGUCCAAAGCUGGAACACUGGACAGUCACAAACACAAAGGUCCAGACUGUCUGAAGACGAAGAUGUCUGAACUUCGUCUGUACUGCGACCUCCUCGUCCAGCAGGUCCAAACCAUCCAAUCACAGCACACCUCUGACGCAGAGGAAACGCCCACUUCUGAGGCGUCUCUACUCAGUGCAACCUGUGCAACUUUCAUCAGGACGUUGGAGGAGUGUAUGACCCUCGCCAACCAGAGUAUGACCCCCGAACUUCGACCUCCUGAAAGGAUGAAGAGGUCAAUCAGUCACCCUGGAACAUACAGCUUUGACCGGUUCGGCGUGCUAAAGGAGUACUUGAGUGGAGGUCAAAAGUCAACUCAGCACAGGCACCGGACGUGCUCCGACAGCUCGCUUUACGAUACUGAACGUGUGCUGCCCAGUGUCAACGGAGACACGUCCUCCAUCCCCGAGGAGAGGGGAGGCAGCGUGAGUCCAAAGACCACGCCCACUGACACAGACACUGACCUGUCCAUCUGAAGACCAGACGGCACCAACGUCAGCGUGGUCUUCGCUAAGCAGAGGGAUGAGUUCACCGGCUCCUCCAGGAUUAUCCUUCUUGUACCUUUUCUCUGACGUGAGCUGAUCACCAAACACGUGCACUUUGGAAUCGUAAUGAUUGUUCGUUUUUUUUUUUUUUUUUAAGUGUUUCAGUUGCACAGUACACACUGGAGACAACAGCACCUGAGACACGGUGAGUAUUAAAGUACACGAUGCUUUGAGCUGCUGAGGAACACACUCGUGGAGAUGAUGGAAGGGAUUGUGAUCUGAAGCUCCAGUCCUGGACAAAUGUGUGAAUGAAAACGUUCCUGUUACAGCGGCUCACCUGGACCGUCUGAGUGGCGGCCAGGUGAGGACUGUGAUUGUCGUAGGCAGCUCCCUGACGCAGUGUGAAGACCAAUAACUGACCUGACAAUGUGCUGGAAAUGUUGUAUUUUGGAGGUUGUGUUGUUUUUAUGAGGUCUGGCACAGUAUUUUCUGCCUUUUUUUCCACAUGCUCAAGAAGUUGCCUAGCUUUUUUUCUUACCUUGGGAACUUGCCAAGCAUCUUCUACAUUCCUCUUUGAGGCCUCCGUAGUUGUGCUCGUCUGCUGAAAGCAAAGAUAAAAAGGACUCCGUCCCUCUUCCUGCUAGCUUCUUGAGUGUCGCUGUGGAUGAAACCGUACUGAUAAAAUAAAAUGGCGUCUCUGCAGGUUAUCUCUGUUAAAGUACACUCACAGUGAGCCGAGGGUCAUCAGAUGCCAAAGUUUGCACAAACGCCAACAUUAAACGUGCCAUCACGCUUUUUUCCUACAAAGCUUCUCCUCAGUAGUUCAACUGGUCAAUAGAUGUGAAUGUGUGCAAGUUGCUGCCUUUUUAUCUUUGUAUUUGAGUGUUUUCUUGAUUUUUUUUUGCCAAAUGGGACCCUGAGAAGACAGAAAGUACGGUGGCCCUGAGAGCUCAACUGCAUCUCUAGAAAAGACAAAACACAAACAAAUUAAGAGACACAAUCACAGAGUUGUUUAUUUGCUUUCGUUAGUUGCAGUGUGUUGAGCUCUCAGGGCCGUAAAAUAAGUGCUUUAUAAACGAUGGAGGAUCGAGUUCAGAUGAUGCCUUUACUCUGCACACUUUUAACUUGCCAAAGCUAACUUACUUAGCAUGUUUGUGCCACGUCUCAAACUGCCUCUACUCUUCCAGUAGUGGAGCAAAGAAAGCUCAUCUACGGUGGAUUAAGUUAGCAUUAAAUAUUAAAAUAAAACACAUGGAGGCCGUAGGACAAAUCAACCUUCAGGUAAAACAUUUUAAAUGAUUAGCGAGAGAAUCAGAGCAGUGAAAACAAACAGAUACGACUCAUGAGUCUAGUUUCCUGUCUUGAUAAAUCACCUUUUAAAGGAGCAGUCAGUGAUUAUUUUAGUCAAAUUCAGCAAAUAUGUCCUCAGCUGUCUGUUCUGUGUGAGCGCUGAGAAAAACAAUCUGGUGUUCAUACACACCCGGCUCUGUACAUUAUUCCAGCCAAUCGGCAACAAUGAGGCGUUGUGUGUGCUCGUGCACCGGACAGAGGAAAGUUCGCGGACGUAUGAAGAGACGGGCUUGUGAACUGCUUUGCUGUUUGAAACACAUUCAGGAGACGUCAUCUGAACAAUAGUGACGUAAACAAUCGACGAACACAGGAAACCACCCUGAUGUUGAUCCUGUUAUGGACGGAGAUGAACCGUGUAAUCCUUCACCUCUAAACUCUUUAGGAGACAGUUCACUCCUUCACAAGGGCCAAAAAAACACAUGUAUAGUGUGUUUGUAUUUACCUUUUUAAGACACUUUAAUAUAAACAUGUAAAACAUGUUUUGGCCUGGAGGGAUUAUGUCCACACGAACUGACCACAGCUGUUCAAACAGUUAUUAAAGAGAAUAAAGUUAAAUUCAGUGUGUAGCUGUGCUUGUUUUUGCACUUUAGACUUAAAAACAAUGUCCUUCUUUUGAAUGUCAGUGCUCUGAAAAAGGUACUUAGAAUGAGCAUUCGCUGUAAGUUAUCCCCAAAUUAAUACAUUUUCAGAUUUUUCCGUAACUUUUAAAGACGAUAUAUGAAUGAUCAGGUGUGUGAAUGUUCUCUACACUGUUUUGGAAGUUUUAACCCCCUUCAUUGUGAUCUCAUCUUGCUCGCUUUUAAAGGAACAGUUCAACGUUUUGGGAAAUUUGCUUUAAGAUUGACAUCACUCUCUAAUUAUGUGUCCGCUAAUUCAUCUGUAAUCUGUGUGGUUUGUCUACAGACUAAACAAACGAGAUGUAACCCGUGAUCUUUAUAGACUGGCUGGAUUUUGUUCAGGGCCAGGCUAGCAGUUUCCCCCUGUUCCCAGUCUUUGUGCUAAGCUAAGCUAACCAUCCAGCUUUGUGUUGACAGUACAGACAUGAGAGUGGUAUCAAUCAAAGUGGAUAAACUCAUUGACCAAAAUGUCAAAACUCUUCCUUUAAGUCAACACACACGGCUCUGCUUCUCGUUGAGAGGAAGACUCACUUUAACUAAACUGACUCAUGUUGUCUUGAGGUGAUGACGGCCUGUUGGACAAACCAGCGCAGAGAUUUUCAUGCCUUAAGUGUCUCAACGUGUGUGGUUGUAUCAGACUUUGCAUUAUAUAAAUAAAACGAAUAUUUUAAAAGUGUAUUUAUGGGAGUUUGUUUGUUUGUUUAAAAGUGUUAUUUUGUGUGUUAGGGAUGCAUAAAUGUGACUCUUUUAUACAAUAAAAAUAAUCAACUCUGA